AUGGACGAAAUGUUCCAGUUCUACUACGCCAAGCUCGAGAAGGUCCAGUUUCUGCAUCAACACCGCCGUGAAGGCUGCUCCCGGCUUGCGUUCAAGAGGGCAAAGAAGCACAAGGCGGUCCUUGCGUUCCAUAAAGAAUAUCGCCCCCAAGACGAACACCGGCGCGAGAAGCGCAUCCAAGCCACACUGGGUGGGACCGAGUACGACGGCGUCGAGUGUGUCCUUCAGUAG